AUGUCCGUCACAAUCGAAUCUAUAAAGGUUUAUGUUGACCAAUUUAUUCAAAAUUUUGAUUAUGCUGAUGCUAUUUUUCUUGCUGAACGUCUGUACGCGGAAGUGAAAAAUGAUGAAUCAAUUUAUUUAUUAGCUCGUACUUAUUAUUUAAGUGGUAAUAUUAACAAGUCCUAUUGGUUAUUGCGCAAUUCAUCGAUUGAACAUGUACCUAAUGCUAAACUUCUUCUAGCUAAAUGCUGUUUUGAUACAGAGAAACUGUAUGAAGCUGAAUCAAUACUUGUUGGUAAUUGUUCAUCUAUAAGCGCACUUGGAGUAGAUGAUUUUAUUAAUGAUCAUGGUGAUCAAGCAGCAUAUGCAUUACAAUUAUUAGCAAAAGUUUGCGAGAAAUCAGAUCGUAACCAAAAAGCAAGUGAAUGUUAUCGAAAAUCAUUAAAAUUAAAUCCUUUUCUAUGGUCAUCUUUUGAAGCAUUAUGCCGACUUGGUGAACGUGUUGAUACAAGUAUAUUUUGUUCAUCUGCAAUUAAAUCCAAUCAAUCCAUAAUUGAAUAUAAUCAAUCACAAACGUGUCUGACACCUUAUACAGAACUAAUAAAAGAUAUUCCAAGUGAAAAUCAAGUUACAGAAAAUUCAAUGAAUAUAAGUUCAAAUAUUCCUAUAAAAGAACGAUCUCAACAACGUUUAUUGCAAGCUCCAGCAACUGUGAUGAAACUGACUGAUUCUAUUCUAAAUGUUGACUCAACAAAUAUUUCUGGAGUCAUAACAUCAACACCGAUUGGCUUACUUUCUGAACAACUACAAGAUAAUGAUAAAUAUACUCCACCAACUAUAAAACCUCCUGAUUACAUACCAACAAUACGUAAUCCACCACUAGCACCCAAACGACAAAAUACUCGAAUGAUACAACAGUAUGGAUUUGAUGAUGUAACAACAUCCACGUCAACAACAGCAAUCUUACAUAGACAUGAAAUCGCAUCAACAUCUAUAAGUGAUACGCGCAAAGCAACUACUAGUACACGAAAGGAAAAUAAAUCAAUUCGUGCAACAACAAAACGUAAUACACGUGUAACAAAAACACGUCCACCAUGUACAGAUGUGACUAUAACACCAGUACCAUCAUCCGAAUCUCCAAAUAAAAUGACAACAAGAUCACAAGUACGAUCAAGUAAUACAAAUUUAAACUGUUCUACUGACACAGAGACAAUAAAUAAACGAGAGCGUCAAAGAAAAAGUCAAUCAAAUCAACGGACAUCUGAAAUAGUUGAAAAUAUCAUAAAUGUAUUUAAAUUACUUGGCCAAGGACUUCAACAUCUGUCUCAAUUUGAAUGUCGACAAGCUAUUGAAUUAUUUGAAACGAUAUCAUUGAAACACCUUCAUACACCUUGGAUAUUAUCACAUUUAGCUAAUUGUUAUUAUCAUUUACAUGAUUAUCAAAAAUCAUCACUGAUCUAUCGAGAAUUGCGUACUAAAUUUCCAUAUCAUAUUGAUGGCCUAGAAUAUUAUAGUACUGUUCUUUGGCAUUUAAAAGAUGAUAUUGCAUUAGCAACAUUAGCUCAUGAACUAAGUGAAACUGAUCGGAAACAUCCAGCUAGCUGGUGUGCAUCAGGAAAUUGUCUUAGUCUUAAUCAUGAAUAUGAUAAAGCAAUUCAAGCGUUUAAACGCGCCAUUCAAUUAGCACCCGAGUCUGACUAUGCGUAUACAUUAUUAGGCAAUGAAUAUUCAUUAGUUGAUGAACUUGAACGAGCUAUGGCAUGUUUUCGUAAAGCCAUUCAAUUGAAUUCAAGAAGUUACAAAGCAUGGAAUGGUAUGGCAAUGGUUUAUUUAAAACAAGAAAAGUUUCAAUCAGCUGAAUUUAAUUUCACAAAAGCAACUAAUAUAUUUCAGACUAAUCCAGAUCUUAUUUGUCAUCUAGCAGUUGCCCAACAUAAAUGUAACAGAUCUGAAGGUGCAUUAUCAUUACUUAAUGAUGCACUUAGAAUUGAUUCAAAAAAUGCUUUAUGUAAAUUUCAUAAAGCUGGCCUCUUACUACACCUUGAACGAUAUCAUGAAGCGCUAACAGAACUUGAACAAUUACGACAAAUAGCACCCAAAGAAUCACUUGUCUAUUAUUUGCUUAGUAAAGUACAUCGGCAUUUAAAAAAUUUCCAUUAUUCAUAUAUGUACAUGUCUUGGUGUAUGGAUCUUGAUCCGAAGGGUGCUAAUAAUCAACUAAAAGAAAACGCCGAUAAACUCUACUCAAAAGAUGAAGAUCUUCUACUCGGUAUGGAAGAUUUAGCAUCGUCUGUGACUGAAGAUGAUCAAAGUCAAAUGCAGUCACAAAGUUCUCUUCAAGAUAUACAACCAAUGGAUUCAAGUGAAGAAAUUCUAUAA